UCAGUUUCGGUUCGCUCGCCUUCGCCGCCGCUUGUAGAUACUGUAUCUGCAGAUUGAAUCUGUGAUUGUGUCUGUGAUCGACAUCGACUAAUUAUCUUACAUGCAGCUCAGUACGGUCUACCUGAUAUGGAUAUAUCUUGGAAUUACUUUGGCUACGGCCGUGGAGUUCGAUGUCGAAAAGGAGCUGCCGGGCUGCGAUAUUCCCAACGAAAUGAAAAGGGGAGUGUGUGUGAAGGUCAGCCAAUGUGCCGCGUAUCUCCAGGUGCGAAAUGUCACUAACUUGCCGGCGGAGAAGGUGAAUUUCCUCAAAAAAGUCCAGUGCAACGUGGAACAACAAAGUGAGAGUUUGGAUGAAUUAGAGUCGCUAGUCUGUUGUCCGGCGAAUGGCCAGGACUACCUGUAUCCCGUACUCCAGUUCUCCAAGUUCGAAUAUAGGAGAUUCUUGGAUGUUACGGCCAGGUUCAAAAAGAAGAAACUGAAAAGAAGGAUCCAAACUGUAGAGCCUAGUUCUGGCUUUAAUCUUUUGAACGAGUGUGGGAAGCAGGUGACCAACCGCAUUUACGGCGGGGAGAUAGCUGAACUCGAUGAGUAUCCUUGGCUGGCGUUGCUCGUUUAUAAUUCAAAUGACUAUGGUUGUAGUGGAGCCCUAAUAGAUGAUCGUCAUAUCCUGACAGCAGCUCAUUGUGUACAGGGCGAUGGUGUACGAGAACGCAGUGGAUUAAAACACGUUCGCCUGGGCGAGUUUAAUGUUAAAACAGAGCCCGAUUGCAUUGAGGAACCCAAUUAUUUAAGCUGUGCCGACGCCGCCUUGGAUAUAGGUUUCGACAAGAUAUAUGUCCAUCCCGACUACAAGGAGUAUUCAAAUUACAAAUACAAUGAUAUAGCCAUUAUUCGACUGAAACAUCCAGUUUCCUUCACGCACUUUGUUAUGCCGAUAUGUUUGCCCAACAAAACAGAGCCUUUAAAGUUGACGGAGGGCCAGAUGUUUUCCGUUUCCGGUUGGGGUCGUACGGAUUUUUUCAACAAAUACUUCAUCAACAUACACAGUCCAAUUAAGUUGAAACUCCGUAUUCCUUACGUCUCCAACGAGAACUGCACCAAGGUCCUGGAGGCCCACGGUGUUAGACUUGGCCCAAAGCAACUCUGUGCUGGCGGAGAGUUCGCCAAGGACACGUGUGCCGGGGACUCGGGAGGACCUCUGAUGUACUUCGAUCGCCAAAAGUCGCGGUGGGUGGCCUACGGCGUGGUCAGCUACGGGUUCACGCAGUGCGGAAUGGCCGGAAAGCCGGCUGUUUAUACUAACGUGGCCGAAUACACGGAGUGGAUCGAUGGCGUUAUCCAGCAGAAAAAGAAUAAUAGCCAACCCGCGCAACAGGCCCAAUUGGAAUCCCAGCAGCAGCUGCUGCUCCCUUGACGUCAGAUUUUCAGUUUUUAAUUUGGAUUUUUUUUUUUAUGGGGGUGAAACAAUUGGCGCCUAAUUGAUAGUAUAUAUAUUUAAAACGCCUUCCCCCCCUCCCUGUUUGUACAUAUUUUUCUAAUUAUCUAACUGCCAGCCAUUAACUAUUUGGUUAAGCGUGUGAGUGAAUGAGUGAGGAAUGCGAGUACGAUUGUCUGAUUACCCGAUUGUCGGUGUCUGAGUGUAUAACAAAAGUCUGAAAAACAUGUUUCUAUUUAAAUAAACUACUGAAUUAUUUACACGCUCUAUGAAGUU